AUGGCGUCCGCGGCGGCCGCGCCGCGAGCGCCGCUCGUCGCGUCUGGGCCGCGUCCGUCGCCGCGGCCGCGCGACGGCGACCGCCGCCGCGCCCCCCCCCGCCCCCGGCGCGGCGUCCUCGUCGUCGAGUGCCGCAACCGCAUCCUCUUUCGCGAGGACGAGGUCUCGCGUCGACCCGACGGCGUCGCGGCGGCGCGCCUCGCGCGCGACGAUCCUCGCGCGACGCACGUCCGCGACGUCCUCAAGCUCGCGCUCGGGGACACGCUCCGCGUCGGGGUGAUCAACGACGCGCCCGCGGUCGCGACGGUCGUCGCGGAGGGAGGGGGGGACGACGCGACGCUCGCGCUCGAGUGGCGCGCGCGACGCGACGACGACGACGACGACGACGACGACGACGACGCGCGCGACGCCUCGCGGCGCUCGAUCGCAGACGGUCCGACGAUCGAGCUCCUGCUCGCGUGCCCGCGACCGAAGGCGUUGCGACGGAUGUGGACGUCGCUCGCGCAGCUCGGCGUGCGCGUCGUGACGAUCACGCCGGCGUGGAAGGCGCGUCUCGUCCAUCUGAUCCAGGCUAACAACAACGCCGGUCCCCGCGCGCGUUCACGUCCGCCCACCCCUCGGUUCGGUUUCAAUUCCGACGCGCACGCCGCGACGCCUGCCUUUCGACUUCGUCUGACGCCUUUCAACGCCUUCCUUUCAACGCCGCGCGCGAAGACGCCGAAGGACUACUUCGGCGCGUCGUCGCUCCUCUCGCGCGAGACGGUGGAGUCGGGUGCGUUCUGCGAGCGUCCACACGUGUUUCACCCACCGCUCGGGUUCAACGGUUGA